AUGUUUUCAAAACUAGCCAUGACGCUCAGGUCCACGUAUGCUCAGAUUACCCUCAGUGCGAUACCCAAAUCUUCGUCUCGAUGGUGUUUUGAAGAAUUUGUAGACCGGAUUACUGUGGCCUUCUUUCUCUUUUCUUUUGUCCUCUGUUGCGCGCAGGGACUCAUCCAAGCAUUUCUUUAUGGACUCGACAGCCAAUUUGCCUCCAUCGCUACCGAUAUCGUGCGGGCGGCGGAAAUUCCUGCGAAAAACAUUACUUUCUUGGAGGGCUCGAGCAAGCAUUACACGCUCAACAUGUGCGACGACAUUCCUCAUGGGCAAGCGAGGUAUCCAUGCAUGGUCAUCUUUCGAUCGGGCGUGGUCUACCCAACCCCGGAGAUCGCCCAGUUGUCUCUCCAACAGUCGGAUUCGGUAGUUCGGGACUUCACGAAUGGGUUCGGUAUCACAACCUACCGUGACUCCAAUGGCGUCGCCAACGGAGUCUCAUUCCGAUCUUCUAGCGCCAACCCUGUAGUGCUCAGCAAGCAAUGCACCCAGACUUUAGUGUAUCCGCAACAACUUUUCCAGGACUCUGUUCGCGAAGAUUUAACAUUUAUCUUCCUCCAAUUUUGGCUCUUCGGGGUUUCACUUUUUGCAUUGGCCAAGAACUCUGUUCCCCACCUCUUGACGGCGCUCGCGGCUCGGGCGAUCCUAGUGACAUGGAGCACCUACGUGGCCGUUUUCCGAACCCAUAACCGGCAGGCUAUAUUCCAGCAAACGCUUUCGAAUCCCGGGACUCCUUGUGGGGUAGAACUGUUCCCCCAGUUUUUCAACAUGAGGACGGUUUACGAUCUUGCUGACCUUGUUCUGAGCUGGUCAGGGCUGCUGCUGUCGUGUUUGCUAUCCUGGUACCUUCUCAGGUUGUACAACGCAGCUUCUUUCAAACGCGUUGGCGCUCCCUCGCACAUCAACCGCAUCUACAAGUUUUUCAUGGCCGUUCAGGCAUGCUUGCAGAUGGAGGUUUUCGUCCUCGUUGCUGCAACCAGGCGGGUUUCGAUAUUCUUCCCCAGACGUUUGCUGACAAAUAUCCCAGCCUCGCACACGACGGUCUACAACGCAUUGGUCAUUGCGUCAAUUGUACUCGUUCUGCCCUGGAUCGCGCUGGGCUGGUAUGGCGUUCGACGGGAGCACAAGGGCAUGAUGAUUUCUUUCCUGGGGAUCGCAUUUUUCUUCGUGGCGGGAUGGGCUCUUAUGUUCUAUUCCAUCGUCUACCGCUGGUCUUUCGUUCAGUGGCCGUAUCUUGGAUGCUUCACUGUGGCGUCUUUCAUUCUGAUCAUAGCUAGUGUGAUUCUGGGCACAAUCUGUUGGAGGCAUUUCGGAGAAGGCCUGACGGAAUACCUCAACGCGGAGGCGGCACUGGCAGACUCAGACUUCGCACCGGAAAUUUUCAAGAACAACAGCGACGAUGUCGAGAAGGCCGCUCCUUCAGACCCUUUCUACAGUUACGACGACCCUGCCUUCCCACUGCCAACCUUCCAUGGGCCACCAGCAUCACCAUUACACUCGCGGAACGCAUCGAUGAAUAAUGAAAAGCCAGCAUCAAUGAGGGGGCCACCUCCUGCAUAUGACCGAGCAAGCAUCCAACCUUUCUAG